UUAGUUGUUUCAAGCAUACAACAAUCAAAGGCGCCAAAAUGUGUACCAGGCAAGCUCGACGACGGUACUACGAGACAUCGUUACUCGUACUGAUGCUCCUCCUCCUCCUACAAGCUAGGCUCGCGCAAUCGCUUCCUCCAUGCUCGCCGGACCAGGCCACGGCGCUGCUCCAGCUGAAGCGGUCGUUCACCGUGAACACCGCGUCGGCCACCGCCUUCCGGUCAUGGCGCGCUGGCACCGACUGCUGCCACUGGGCGGGCGUCCGCUGCGACGACGACGACAACGACGCCGCCGCGAGCGGGAGCACCGGCCGCCGCGCCACUUCCCUCGAUCUCGGCGGCCGCGGCCUGCAGAGCGGCGGCCUUGACGCUGCCGUCUUCAGCCUCACGUCGCUGGGGUAUCUCAACCUCGGCGGCAACGACUUCAACGCGUCACGGCUCCCGGCCGUCGGGUUCGAGCGGCUCACCGAGCUGACCCAUCUCAACAUCUCCCCACCCAGCUUCACAGGCCAGAUACCGGCAGGUAUAGGACGCCUCACCAACUUGGUUUCUCUCGAUUUAUCAACUCUUUUCUAUGUGAUCAAUCAAGAAGACGAUCGUGCCGAUAUCAUGGCACCUUCGUUUCCCAACUGGGGCUUCUGGAAGGUAGAUUUUCUGAGGUUGGUUGCAAAUCUUGACAAUCUGAGGGAGCUCUAUCUUGGCUUUGUGUAUAUGUCCAAUGGAGGGGAAGGAUGGUGCAACGCUCUGGUUAAUUCCACUCCAAAAGAUCAGGUUCUGAGCCUACCAUUUUGCAAGAUCUCAGGUCCCAUCUGUCAGUCUCUCUUCAGCUUGCCAUAUCUCUGUUGUUGACUUGCAAGAAAAUGACUUGUAUGACCUGAGUUCUUCGCCGAUUUGUCCUCCCUUGGUGUUCUUCAACUCUCAAGAAACAAGUUGGAGGGUUUAUUUCCAGCAAGGAUCUUCCAGAACAGAAAAUUAACAACCGUAGAUAUUAGCUACAACUACGAAAUCUAUGGCAGUUUUCCCAAUUUUUCACCCAAUAGUAGUUUGAUCAAUUUGCAUCUCAGUGGUACCAAGUUCUCUGGUCAGAUACCAACCUCCAUUUCUAAUCUCACAGGUCUGAAAGAGCUGGGUCUUAGUGCCAAUGAUUUCCCUACAGAGCUACCAUCUUCUCUAGGAAUGCUUAAAUCCUUGAACUUAUUAGAGGUUUCUGGGCAAGGCCUAGUAGGAUCAAUGCCAGCUUGGAUAACAAAUCUAACAUCUCUGACAGAGCUUCAGUUUUCUAAUUGUGGCUUGUCUGGAUCAUUACCAUCUUCCAUAGGCAAUCUCAGAAAUCUCAGGAGACUAUCUUUAUUCAAGUGCAGUUUUUCUGGAAACAUACCAUUGCAAAUAUUUAACUUGACACAACUGCGGAGCUUGGAACUUCCAAUCAACAACUUUGUGGGGACAGUGGAACUUACCUCAUUCUGGAGACUACCAUAUUUAUCAGACCUUGCUCUUCAAAUAAUAAAUUAUCUGUGGUGGACGGUUUAGUCAAUGACUCAGUAGUGCGUUCUCCCAAAGUAGCAGAAUUGAGCCUAGCAUCCUGCAACAUAUCAAAGUUUCCCAAUGCAGUAAAGCAUCAAGAUGAGCUACACGUAAUUGACCUUUCAAAUAACCAAAUGCAUGGGCCAAUACCUCGAUGGGCAUGGGAAACUUGGAAGGAAUUGUUCUUCUUGGACCUGUCAAAUAAUAAGUUUACCAGUAUAGGACACGACUCUUUGCUCCCCUGCUUGUACACAAGAUACAUCAAUCUCAGUUAUAACAUGUUUGAAGGGCCCAUACCUAUACCUAAAGAGAAUUCAGACUUGGAGUUAGAUUACUCAAAUAAUCGGUUUUCGUAUAUGCCAUUUGAUUUAAUUCCUUAUCUUGCCGGUAUACUAUCUCUAAAGGCCUCUAGGAACAAUAUCUCUGGAGAAAUCCCAUCAACAUUCUGCACUGUUAAGAGUCUUCAAAUCCUUGACCUCUCCUACAAUAUCUUAAAUGGUUCAAUUCCUUCUUGCUUAAUGGAGAAUUCUUCAACAAUAAAAGUACUAAACUUGAAGGCGAACCAACUUAACGGAGAGUUGCCGCACAAUAUCAAGGAAGAUUGUGCAUUUGAGGCAUUGGAUUUCAGCUACAAUCGAUUUGAAGGGCAACUGCCCACAUCAUUAGUUGCUUGCAAAAACUUGGUGGUACUUGAUGUUGGGAACAAUCAAAUUGGAGGCUCUUUCCCAUGUUGGAUGCAUCUUCUUCCUAAACUUCAAGUCCUUGUCCUGAAGUCCAAUAAGUUCUACGGACAGUUGGGGCCUACUCUUACCAAAGAUGAUGACUGUGAAUUACAGCAUCUCCGAAUUCUUGAUCUAGCUUCAAACAAUUUCUCGGGCAUAUUGCCUGAUGAAUGGUUUAGGAAAUUAAAAGCUAUGAUGUCAGUCUCCAGUAACGAAAUAUUGGUCAUGAAAGAUGGAGAUAUGUAUGGCACAUAUAACCAUAUAACAUAUCUUUUUACUACUACGGUUACAUAUAAAGGACUUGACUUGACAUUUACUAAGAUCUUAAAGACCUUUGUACUAAUUGAUGUCUCAAACAAUAGGUUCCAUGGCAGCAUUCCUGAAACUAUUGCCACACUAAGCGUGCUCAGUGGUCUCAACAUGUCACAUAAUGCUCUUACAGGACCAAUUCCCAACCAGCUUGCUAGUCUGCAUCAACUUGAGUCUUUGGACCUCUCUUCAAAUAAGCUUUCUGGGGAGAUCCCUCAAAAAUUAGCAUCCUUGGACUUCCUAUCAACAUUGAACCUAUCAAAUAAUAUGCUGGAGGGAAGAAUACCAGAGUCACCUCAUUUCUUGACACUCCACAAUAGUUCAUUUAUAAGAAAUGCUGGUUUGUGUGGGCCUCCACUGUCAAACGAAUGCAGCAACAAAUCAACAUCUUCUGAAGAGAAAUCUGUAGACGUUAUGCUAUUUCUCUUCGUUGGAUUGGGUUUUGGUGUUGGGUUCGCUAUUGCAGUUGUAGUUUCAUGGAAACCUUGCAUUGGCAAAUAAUCUUUGAAGGAAUCCACCCUUUUUUUAUAUUUAUCUGUUCAGGAGUCUGCCAGUCUGCUUCCCCUUGUAAUUUUAGCUGUAAUUGUAGCUAGCAUGUAUAUAAUACUAUGUGCAUGGACAACACUUUUCCAUCAUGCAUGCAUCCUAUAAGAUUAGUUGUUUAUUA